GGUAAGGGUGCUCCGUGCUCCUCAGGGGUCCCGCCUGAGAGAUCCAUCCACAGCUCAGGGAUGUACAAGCUGGAGAUUGAGCUGAAGAGAGGAAACAAUCUGGCCGUCCGAGACAGAGGAGGCAGCAGUGAUCCCUAUGUGAAGUUCAAGCUCGCUGGUAAAGAGGUGUUCAGAAGCAAAACCAUCCACAAAAACCUGAACCCAGUGUGGGAGGAGAAAACGACUCUAGUAGUGGAUUGUCUGAGUGAACCUCUGUAUGUGAAGGUGUUUGACUAUGACUUUGGCCUUCAAGAUGACUUCAUGGGUUCUGCUUACCUCUACCUGGAGUCUCUAGAGCAGCAGAGGAUGAUACCUGUAACGCUGGCACUGAAGGACCCUCACCACCCUGAUCAGGACCUGGGCACCCUGGAGCUGGCCGUCACCCUGACCCCGAAAGACAGUCCCGUAGAGGAGCGACGAGACUCAACGACUAUGCUGCUCAGGAGGUCCUGGAAACGAUCCACUAAGCAGCAGUCAGUGCGUCUCUCAGAGCUGCAUCGGAAAUCCCAGCUCUGGAGAGGGAUCGUCAGCAUCGCGCUGAUCGAAGGCCGGAACCUGAUUCCCAUGGACCCCAACGGUCUGAGCGACCCAUACGUCAAGUUCAGACUGGGACCCCAGAAGUACAGGAGCAAGACAGUGCCAAAGACCCUGAAUCCACAGUGGAGGGAACAGUUUGACCUUCAUCUGUACGAAGAGACAGGAGGAGUGUUGGAGAUCACAGUGUGGGACAGAGACACUGGGAGGAGGGACGACUUCAUUGGACGAUGCCAGCUAGAUCUUUCCACUCUGGCUAAAGAGCAAACUCAUCACCUUGAGCUGCCGCUGGAGGAGUCCCGGGGCUACGUGGUUCUGCUGGUCACGCUGACGGCCUCUGCUGCUGUCUCCAUCGCCGACCUGUCCGUCACACCGCUGGACGACCCGCAGGAGCGCAGGGAGAUACUCAAACGAUACAGUUUGUUGAAGUCCUUCUCUAACUUCAGAGACGUGGGCAUCGUGCAGGUGAAGGUGAUGAGAGCCGAAGGACUCAUGGCUGCAGACGUAACUGGUAAGAGUGAUCCGUUCUGUGUGUUGGAGCUGAAUAACGACAGACUACAGACACACACUGUUUACAAGAACCUCAAUCCAGAGUGGAACAAAGUCUUCACCUUUAAUGUGAAAGACAUUCACUCGGUGUUGGAGGUGACAGUGUUUGACGAGGACAGGGACAGGAGUGCAGACUUCCUGGGGAAAGUGGCUCUUCCUUUAUUACAUAUCCGUAACGGCGAGCAGAAGAGCUACGUGCUGAAGAAUAAAGAGCUGACCGGUCCAACCAAAGGAGUCAUCUACCUGGAGAUCGAUGUCAUCUACAACACUCUGUUUGUGGUGGUUGUGUGGAACUUCGAGCUCUACAUGCUUCCUCUGGCUCUGCUGCUGCUGCUCGUCUGGAACUACUUCUUCUCCUCGAGCCGGGAAACAGCGGACAUGACCAUGGACGCCAUGUUUGAAUGGGAAGACGAAGAAGAUGAUAAAGAGGACAAGGAGUCCGAGCACAGAGGCUUCAUGGAUAAACUGUACGCCAUCCAGGACGUGUUCAUCAGCGUACAGAACGCUCUGGAUGAGGUGGCGUCACACGGAGAGAGGAUAAAGAACACCGUUAACUGGACAGUGCCUUUUCUAAGCUGGUUGGCGAUCACUGCCUUAUGUUCGGCCACAGUUCUGCUCUACCUCAUUCCUCUUCGAUACCUUGUGCUGGCGUGGGGUGUGAAUAAAUUCACCAAGAAGCUUCGCGAUCCGUACAUGAUCGACAACAACGAGCUUCUUGACUUUCUUUCCAGAGUGCCGUCUGACGUUCAAGUGAUGCAGUACCAUGAGCUGAAGGUCGACCCCGGACAAAGUCCUAGCAAACGCAAGAGGACAAACCCGAGUUAGCUGCCGGCUCUCGCCCACUCUCUCUCCUGUAAACUCUGUAAACUAUGUUAUUUAUAUAUUUCUGCUAUAUUUUCAUUAUUAUGAGAAGUUGUAUCUUGUUGAGUUGUUUCUGUUUUGUUACUGUGGAAAGAUUUAUUUUCUAAAUCUUGUAAAGAAAAGCUUGUUUUUUUAAAAAUCGGUUUUAUUUGUUGAAACCAGACGCAGGACGAUGUAAUGCUGUCCGUUCUGAAUGUACACGCGUGUGCAUGUAUGAAACUGUUGCAUGGAGUCGGUUUGAACUCGAUGUAUCGUCAGUGUCUGAUGUUACUUUAAAGGUAGAGUUGCAUGGUAUUGCUGCCUCUGUUACUCCAUGUAUCACACACACACACACACACACACGCACAGGUAAAUAUUACCUCAUAGGAAACAAUAGAUUUGGUCAGAUCCACACGACACGUGAACAUGGAUUUAGUUUUUUAUUUAAUAUUAUUUUGAGUUUAAACGUACAAUAAGUCAUUUCUCUCACAUCAAAACAAUAACACAAGUUUGGUGAUUUUAUGAAUUUAUGAGAUUAAAAAUCAAACCUAUAAGGUAAAGUUUGACUUUAAACUAUAAUACUAAAAUACAGAAGUAAUUAGUAACUAAUACGGCUUCAUUUUAUGGUCAAAUGUGUCUUAAAACACAAGAAAGUCUUUCUGAAUGAGGCCUCAUCACAUCUCACAAUAGACCUUUUUCACAGCAGCCGUUUUAACAUGAAACAGUAGGUUAAAGUUACCAAUGAUACUAACUAAGGCUCCACUGACUGACACAUUAUUGUUCCAAUUACAGCUAUCUGUAUUUGUCUUAAAGGUGCAGUGUUAUUAUGAUAAAAAGUCAAAACAAUGAGAUAAAGUUUGACUUUAAACAACAAUAUCAAAAUACAAAACCAGUUAUUAAAGACAAGAAGCUACAUUAUUGUCCUUUUAACGUGUUUUUUAUUUUAUUAUGACACAGUAAAAAAAACAUAUAACAAUGUGUUUUAUUUUACUCUUUAUUUUUCUUUUUUUGUUUGUUUUGGCAUUUUAAAUCUUCCAUAAAGAUAAACUUAUAAACUAUAUGAUCCAAGGAGACAAAAUCUUAAUAUUUCAGCCUGAAGUUUAUUUAUUUUUAUUCACUUUCAGUCUCUGAUUUCCUGCGAACGUCGGUGUGAACAAUCAGAGUUAACGUCCGAGGUUUUAUGAUCUCGGUUUUCGGGAUGUGAUUCCCUGCAUGUCCGUGGGCCGUCGUCUGUGUGUGUCGAAGUGUUUCUGCAUGACUGAACAUAAAUUAUAUGCAAAGUGCAUUUUAUGGAUCCUGAAUGUGAAGCUGCGUUCUGUUUACUCUCAUUGAUUUCUGUCAUUUUGCACAUUGUCUGUUUCCUGUUGCAUUAUGGGUGUUUUGCUGCCGUUGACUAACUUCUGCGACUGUAAUGAAGUCGAAUGCAGGACCGACUGUAACGACCGUGUAACGUUUGUCUGAGAAAAUAUA